AUGCGCGCGAGUUACGGGAAGGCCCCUGACGCCACUCACGAGGAGUUGAAGGACGUGCUCAUGCGUACAGGGCAUUGUACGGGCAUCCAGGCCAAGCUGCUGUUGGAGAAGUUGCCGGUCAUUUUGGUGUACCUCUUUGAUGGGGACGAGGUGACUGAGUAUUCCAUCUCCGAUGUAGCGGCUGCUGUGUGCCAAAUCUACGAACAAGAGGAUGAGUUUCGACAG